AACAGAGGCUCGAGGAGGUCAGGUUCUGGAAGAAGGAGCUGGAUGACAAGCUGGAGGAGCUGGUGUGCACCACCGAAGACCUGCUCGCCUACCGGACCAGACUGGAGAACGCGCUGGAGAGCCUGAAGGAGCCCCUGCACAUCACCCAGAUGUGCCUGGAGUACAGGGAGAAGCGGGUCGGCAUCGACCUGGUGCACGACAAGGUGGAGCAGGAGCUGGUGAAGGAGGCCGAGAUCAUCCGCGGGGUGACGGCCUUGCUGACCCGCACCUUGGAGGAGGUGUCCGAGCAGAUCAGGCUGAACCGCUCGGCCAAGUACCACCUGGAGAAGGACCUGAAGGACAAGUUUGUGGCCCUGACCAUCGACGACGUUUGCUUCUCCCUCAACAACAACUCCCCGAACAUCCGAUGCUCGGAGGACGCCGUGAGGGUGGAGCCCCACUCCGUGAGCCCGGAGGACUGGCUGGGGUUCUCCAACGCCAACGUGGAGAAGGCCGCCAAGCAGAGGAGCAGCUCCCUGGCGCUGAAGGCCCUGGUGGACCGGAUCCUGUCCCAGACGGCUGGCGACCUGCGCCGGCAGUGUGACGCGGUGGACGCGGCGUUCAGGGACGGGCUGCAGGAGACCAAGGGCGCCAGGGACAAGCUGGCCGCUCACCUGGCCAAGGUCAUGGAAGAGAUUGCUUGCCAGGAGAAAAAUGUCACGGUUCUCGAAAAGGCCAUCGCUGACCAGGAAGGACCCGCCAAGGUGGCUCACACGCGCCUGGAGACCAGAACGCACCGGCCUAACGUGGAGCUGUGUCGCGACGCCGCGCAGUGUCGGCUGGUCAGGGAGGUCCAAGAGAUCGCCCACAGCGUCGCCAGACUCAAGGAGACCUUGGCCCGGGCUCAGGCAGAGCUGAGGGGCCUGAACCGCAGGCAGCUGGCCCUGCAGGAGGAGGUCCAGGUGAAGGAAAACACCAUCUACAUCGACGAGGUGCUGUGCACCCACAUGAGGAAGUCCAUCCCCCCGAGGGACGGGGGUGACCAGGGCGAGUGGGCGGGGGGCCCCCGCCCCGACGCCGGCUGCUGAUUGUGCCCACGGUUCAGAUGCUGAUUAAAGCACUUCACGACCGAC